AUGUUUGAAAAAGUUAAUUCGAUUGCACUAUUAGAGAGAGUUGGAAUGCACUCGCACAUACAGAGUCUGGGGAUUGACAGAAUAGAAGACACCCAGCAGCAGAAAAACGGAGGAAAAGACAGUAUCUCAUCCCUCAGCUGCUCAGGGCUCGUGGGAAGACACCAGGAGAGAAAGACGCUCUUUCUUCUAUCUAAGCUAGUAGAACAGCACAAAAGCAGAACUAUCUUGAUCACAGGCCCAUCAGGCUCUGGGAAGUCUGCGCUGGAAUACGCACUGACCCAAGACCUAAAAAGGAAAGGAAUUCCCUCAAAGACCAUUUCAGCGAGCGAAAUAUUUUCAUCAUCGCUCAGUAAGACAGAGUCUUUAACACAGGCCAUCCGAGAGUCUCUGGGCAUUCGUGUGCAGGAGACGAGUAAAGUACUGGAGGGAGAAGUAGUGGAGAUAAUCACAGAUCGAGAAAGAGCUACAUCAGGCAGAGUUAUAAUGAAGACAACAGAGGUAGAGGCUGCAUACACAUUCGGAGCAGGAAUAAUGCAGGAAAUGCACUCGGAAAGAGUUGAGGUUGGAGACAUCAUCUCAGUGAACAAGUCAACAGGCACUGUAAAAAGAAAGGGAAGAUCGCUCAGCCAGUCGCGAGACUUUGAGGCUAUCGGAGGAGCUGGGCAGUAUCUCCCCUGUCCCGAUGGAGAAAUACUAAGAAACCAGGUAAAUGUGCACACAGUUACAUUCCAUGAGAUAGAUAUACUAAAUAGCACACAGAACACUCUGCGCACGACGAAAGGAGAAAUAGCGGUAGAGAUCAGAGAGGCUGUAAACAACACAAUGAAAGAGUGGAUAGAAGAGGGAAGAGGCGAGCUUAUCACAGGAGUGCUGUUCAUUAACGAGUCAGAGCUCCUUGAUGCAGAGUGCUAUUCGUAUCUUAAUACUCUGUCAGAGGUAUCUACAUCGCCUGUGAUUAUGCUAAGCAGCAGCAAAGAAGAGUGUGCUGUUCGGGGGAGCAAUGAAAUGUGUAAGUAUGGAAUGCCUGCUGACUUUUACUCAAGGGUGCUGGAGAUACGGCUUGGUGAAUACACGGAAGAAGAGAUAAAAGAGAUCGUAAGAAUAAGAGUGAAAGAAGAGUCAGACAAGAUCACAGAAGAAGGAAUAGAAGAAGUAAGCAAGCUGGCAAUAGAGCACGGUCUGAGGUACGCCUUUAAUAUGCUAUCGGUCCUGGAUGUAUAUUCUGAGCGCGUAGGAAAAGAGAUAGGAAAGAAAGAAGUGGAAGAAGUAUCGAUAAUAUUCCCUGUAGAAGAAAGCCUGGCAUCUUAA